AUGUUUUUUCCAACUUUAAAGUGUCUUUUAAUUCGUCCAUUAAAUCGAGUGACUCUGGUUGGUGCUCUGCAUGAUGUCCAUACCGGUUUCCUCGGCCAAACUAGUGUUUUUCAGUUUACACUUACCUGCACUUUCCUCGACCUUAAAACGUCUGAUUCCAUCACCACUUCCAACUCCACUACCACUACAAAGUCAUCUCAGUUAUUAUCCACACUAGGAACAGGAACAUCAACAGGAGGAGAACAAAUAGUGAAGGAACAGUACACAGUUCGUUGCUUGGGUGAUGAGGCGUACACCGAUGCCUUGAAGAAUGUACUGGAUGAUGGUUCUAUUGUGCAGGUGAUUGGACGAUUGAAAACCUCUGAAGUUAUGGAUGGUAGUAAACGACAAAUGUUUCCAUGUGUGUUAGUUGAACAGGGCCGUUGGAGCAGUGUUUCGCUGUUGUACUCUAUCAGGAAACAGCGGCGCGACUGGCAACUCCAGAAGGCUCUCGAAGAAGCAUCUGCUGCGGAAAAGUCCUAG